CUCAUCCUACUAUUCGGAACUUGCCAAUCAUAUAAUCGAAUACACGAAGGUAGCCGGAUUAACACGACUCAGUGCGAAAUUAAUAUUUGUGGAUUUUGUCAUUUGCAAUUUUUCUGAUUAAAAUCUGUUUUGGAAUGAUAUUUGUAUUGUAAAUAUUGGUUAUACUAAUAAAAAUACAAUAAUAAUAUAUACAAAUAUGAAUCCCAUAAUUACGCCGAGGAAUGUGGAGUCAGCGCGUCACUCUUUAGAUCUAUUGUGUUCUAAGUUUACACGACAAUGUAUCAAUGAAAAUAAUUUUUCACAAUCGUCUCAUAAUAUAGAAGAAAGUGAUAUGGAAAUUACAGUGCCAGCGAUAACGCAUAAUGGUGACGUUAGUUUUGUUGUUGGCGAAGAAAUAACGAUAGAACACAUUAAUACUCUCAAGGAGCUUCAAGAGACGCUUCGUCUUAAAGAUGAAAAAGUGGCAGAACUUAAAGGUUUGUUAAUACAGCGCGAUGCAAAAAUUAGAGAAUUACGUAAAAAACUUGACAUGUAUCGUAGUGUUCUUCCAUUUUUAUCUCCUUACGGACGAUCAUUAAAGCAUAGACCUCAAGGAGAUUUCUAAAAGAAGCAUUCGAUAGUCGAUUUUAGAAAUAUAUAUUGUAACAAAUGGAUAUCCAAGCAAACGUACAAGACACUUCCUUAGAAAGAGAUAGAAGUUUGCCCAAAAUAUAAACAGAAAGUAUUCUUGGCAUUAUUAAUUAUUUACAUUGGUAUAAAUGCAGAUGGUAAGAGUGCAGGUAACCGUCCAGUGUAAAAAAAAAAAGUUGACCUUUAUGCGUUUAUUUUUUAAUAAUAGAAAACAUUAUUCUUUCAUCGAUUAGAUCUCAUAAUAAUAUUUUUAUAAAGAUUGUGAAAAUUAUUUUUAAUUAUUUAUUAUAGUUUCUAAUAUCACUUAAAGUUCAUACAUAUAUCAAGGCAUUAGUCGAAAGUGUUGACAAAUUUUUUUUGCUAUUUAUACCAUUAUGUAUCGUAAUUUAUAAUUCUUUUCUAUGUAAGUGUAUUAUACCUGAAAUUAUACUCAGGAAUUGUAAUCAAUAUUAAUCAUAUGUAUGAUGUUUAACUAUUGAAAACAAUUAAUAAUGAACAAAUGUUCCUGAUAAAAAUAUCAUGCAUAAGAUUAUGUAUACAAGUUAUAACUUUCACUUUUCAUUAGGACAUAAUAUUUCAUACGUAGUAAUUUAUUGGAUAGUACAUGUAAAAGAUUUUCUAUCAAAUAUUAAUUGCGCAUUGUAAUACUACAUAACGCAAUAAAUUAAUAUAUAAAUGAUAAGACGGAUUAAUAACAUUGUACGUAUUAAAAAUAAUACAUAAUACAAUAACUUUAAGAAUUGUCCAUUAUAUUAGAUUUGUGAUAUAAUCACAGCAUUAUUUUCAUAAAUUAAUUUGCAUUUAAACUUAUAAAAGUUUAACAAAUAAAAUGCAACGUUAUUAUUUCAAAA